UUUUUAUAUAAUUAAAUUCCUUUCGUAUAACUUUUUAAUUUAUAUAUGGGGUACAAUAGUUAAGGGAUUCGCAUUUAAAUCCUGGAUGACACAAAACCUCGGGCGGAAUUCUACCUAAAAUCCGAUGUGCUUACUAUAUGAUUUUUCAAUAACAAUAAUUUAAUCUUCUGAAAAUUACAUUAGUAAACCUUUGGGCUCAUAUUUACUAUUGUGGUCAUUUUAAAUACUAAAGCUCGGAUCAUUUUAUAUAAGGGACAAGUAAUUAUAUUGCCACUUAUUAUAUCUGUAUUAAUAAUAUCUAAAACAAUCUAUCAACUCCAAUUUAUAAUUAAUUAAAUAUUGUGUGCGACUUAUAUUAGGGGCCUUUAAAUAUAUGGUGACUAUGGAAGCAAACGAUAUUGACGGGAAAAAGAAAAGAAAUAGACCAAGUUUGGUAUGUGUGGUGUGUAAAAAACGAAAGAUCAAAUGCGACAAGGGAAAGCCAUGUUCGCAAUGUGUUAAGAAACAUAUUGAAGGUUCUUGUGUUUAUGAAGAUAUACCCAUCACUUCGAGACGUUCAAAGAAAUCUAGACAUAAUAAUCAUAUUCCUAUACUUAAUCCAAAAGAUAGUGGAUGUUUUGAUGAAAUUCAUGUGGGGUCAUAUAAUGAAUCAAAUCCUAAUCCUCCUCCUAUAUUAGCUGCUAUUACUGCUGUAUCUACAUCUGGUACAACUUUUACUGAUGGUACUUCAAAACCUUCUAAAGUAGAUUCAUCAUUAGUUCUUGUUUCAAAAACUGAAUUGGAAGAAUUAAGAGCCAAAGCUCAAAAAUAUACCUUAGGAUUAAUAUCCCCUGGUCAUUCAGAUUCAUCUGAUGAUUAUUUCAAUACAUCUUCAGCUCCAACUUCUGUAUCAAGUGAUGGAUCUAGUGAAACGUAUUAUUCAAAUAGAUUUGUUCCUAGUGAAACAUUGAAAGUAUUUCAAUGUCAUGAUUCAAAAUUACCUGGGCAUAUAGUAGAUCGCGAAUUAAGUUCUCGUAAUCAUAUGUUUACAUCUGGUUUACCAUCUGGUAAAGUUAGAAAACUUACUUUGAAAGAAAUUCAGGUUCCUACUACAAAUGCUCAAUCUGUAUCAGUUUAUGGGUUAGGCAUAAAUCCUUAUGAUAAUCCUAGUGAUGUAAUCAACUUUUAUGCAAAUUAUGAUCCAGUAUUUAUGAAAGGGAAUAGGAGAAGAAUGAAUAUUGGACCUCUAGCCUGGGGUUCAAUUCAGAGGAAAGAUCAUACUUUAUCAUUAUUGAAAGAAUAUACAAAAACGAGGCCUUUCAAAGAAAUAUUUGAUUCAAAGAGGAAACCAAUUCUGAUACCAAAUUGUAGAUUAGUACCUAUACCAGCCGAUGAACAUAAAUCAACAUUGAAUCUUGAUGGUAGUCAAAUAAAAAAUUUUGAAAAGAAAAUCCUUGAUGAAGAUGAUGAGACGAUCCAAUACGACAUCAAGUCAGAGAAACAGUCUUCUGAAAAUACAGAUUCUGAACCUACCAAUAAUGGAACAACCCAAAAAAUUGAUCAUGGAUCCAAUUUUGUUAAAAAAUUUGUGGAUGAUAGAAAUAUUACUUUGGGUUUGACUGUCCUUGAUGGAGGAAAACUUGAUCGUGAACUUAAAUUAAUAGAAAAGAUUCAAGUAAUGAUGCCUAAACGUAAAGUUAUAUGGAUUUUAGCAAAGAGAUUCUUUCGAAUGAUAUAUCCAUUAUAUCCGUAUAUUGAUGAAUUUGAGUUUAGACAUCAUAUAGAAAACAUAGUGGGUCCAGAAUCAGUAUUUGAUGAAUCAAUUCCUACUGUACAAGUUAAACAAAAACGAGAUUUCGCAUAUUUAGGAGUAUUAUUUAUCGUAUUAAGACUUUCAUACUUGUCUUUAUUCUUUAAUAGAAGUUCUAUUAAUGAAUCGAUAUUGAAAGAAACGGAAAAUUUAACUGUCGAAGAAGAAGAACGAAAAUUCUUAUUGCUAAAUCCAAUAAAUAUUUCAGCUAUUGAAUUGGCUCAAUCAUGUUUGCAUCAAUUCCAUUUAAUGGGAAAAUUAAGUAUGCCGAUUAUGACACUUGCUAUCUGGAUAAGAAUAUAUCACAGAAUAGCUCCAGAAGAAGGUGAAGGAUUGGAUGGAGGAGAUUUUCAAAUUUAUAAUGGUAUGUUAAUUCAAAUGGCAUACUCUAUGGGACUUAAUCGAGAGCCACAAAAGGAUCUUGAAAAUGAGAAAGCCAAUAACUUAGGUAGAAAGAUAUGGUACUUUUUAUGUGCCAAUGAUUCGAUUGGAGCUUUUACUUAUGGGAAUCCCUUAACAACAAACACAAUGUAUUAUGAUACUAAACUUCCAUUCUAUACUGAGGAAAAUACAAAUUUACAAGAUCAAGAAUUGGAAAGAGCUACAAUCACUUUAUUUAAGUAUAGUGAAGCAUUAGUAAAGGGUCCAAUGAAAGAUUUGUUGUCAUGUAUUUUAGAUGUCAAUAACAAAGUUCCAAUUUCGGAAUUUACUCAUCAUUUAAAUCAUUUUGAAUGUGCAAUAAGAGGUGUCUAUGGUACAGUUCAUGAUUAUAUUAAUCGAUUAGAAUCUACAGAUGUUACUUAUCAUUCUGGUAAGAUUAUGAAGGCUUCUUGUUUAAUUAGUUUGAAUGCUUUCUUUGUAUCUAUGUACUUUCAUUUAUUUAAUCAUUACGAAAAGAAGAAAAAUUUUGAGUUAAGUUAUUUUUACUUAACCAAAUUAAUGGCUAUUACUAUUGGUGAAAUGAUUCCAUGUUUUUUGCCACUCAUUGUAAGAAGUCAAGAAAUAUUUGGUGAAGGUGCUGAUUUAAUUGUGAAUCCACCUCUUAUUCAAUCAAUUCAAAGAGCCUGUGAAAUGAUUGUUAUAUCAUUGGUUAAAUUCAAUUUAUGGAUUUAUAAAGCAUGUCUUACCCCUGACCAUAAAAUUAAAUAUAGUACAGAUAUUAAGUAUAGAACUUAUUUUGAAUCUAUGUGUUCAUAUGUUGCCAUACUUGAAAAAUUUGCUAAACUUAGUUUGGUUGGUGCUACAGUUAUGAGUGGAAGAUAUUACUAUGCAUGGGCAAUUUCUAAGAUUCAUGGAUUUUUCAUGAAAAUUGUUAAUGAAGAAGAAUUUUAUAUAGCUCAUAAAGAUACGGAACUUUAUUUUAAUCCUCCUACUUUAGAUCAGCUUGACGAAUUAUAUAAAAUUGGUGAGACUGGUAUAAAUACUAUUCGUGCAAGGGCUAAUAAAACUUGUGAGGAUUUUAAAGCUAUGUAUACAAUUGAUCCAAAUCAAAGACCAGCAAUUCUUAAGAAUUUUGAUGAAUCUUACUUCCAUGUUCCUGAUGGUGAUAUUGUAUAUUCUAGAGGAGUUAGUGUUAAUGCUGAAGUUACACCAGUUUCUGAUACUUCAAAUGAAAUAUUAUAUGAAGAAUUAAUUGUGGAUGAUUUGCCUCAGAUUGAUAGUGCAUGGUUACAAAUGCUUAAUCAAAAGACAACGACUGGAGAGUAUAGUCAUACAAGUAAUCCUAAUGCUAAUCCAGCUAACUCUAACCCAAAUUAUAUGAAUGAUAGUGAUGUCCCUAAUUCUUAUAAUUUUAGUAGUGGUAGUAGUGGUAGUGGAAUUUCUAGUAAUUCAGCUGAAUUAAAUAGUUCUACACAAGAAUCUACUCCAUCUCAAACCAUGCCAUUUGGCUUUAAUGGUCAAACAACUGAAAAUUUAACAAUUGAUAACUUUGGUGGUAUUUAUGAUUUUUCUGAUAAUCAUUUUGACUUUUUCAGUGACUUACCUCUUGAGAAAUUAUUCAAAUAAAUUCUUUGGAUUUGGAUUUGUGUUUGUAUAUGUAUUAUAUUCUGUGAUUUCUUCUCUAUAACUUUUAGGUUUUAAUUUUUAAUUUCUUUUAUUUAAAUUGGGUAAUACAUAUAUUUUUUUGCGGU